AAGUACCUUUAGCGCCGAAGUCCGUGGAAGUUCUUCAGAAGAUAAAGAAGGUGGUAGAAACAAGCCUGAGCUUUUCUCACCCUACAUGGCUGCAGAAUCCAGAAAGCCUUUAGCCCCAUCCCCAGCAGGCCAGGCUCCUGAAGAGGACCUUGUGAUUGUCAAGGUAGAGGAAGAUCAUGGGUGGGAGCAGGAGUCCAGCGCACAUGAAAACAGUGCUCCUGGCCAGGAGCUGUUCCGCCUGCGCUUCAGGAAGUUGUGCUAUCAGGAGACGCUGGGCCCUCGGGAAGCUCUGAUCCAGCUCCGCGCACUGUGCCACCAGUGGCUGAGGCCAGAUUUGAACACCAAGGAGCAGAUCCUGGAGCUGCUGGUGCUGGAGCAGUUCCUGACCAUCCUGCCCGGGGAGCUGCAGACGCUGGUGAAGGAGCAUCAGCUAGAGAACGGAGAGGAGGUGGUGACCCUGCUGGAGGAUUUGGAAAGGCAGAUCGAUAUCCUGGGACGGCCAGUCCCGGCUCGCGCACAUGGACACCAGGGACUGUGGGAGGAGGUGGUGCGGCCCGAGCCUGCCGCCAAGCCCCCACGUGCUCCGCUCCAGCCUGUGGCAGCCCAGCUCAAGUCACCAGCGCUCGAAGGGCCUCAAGAGAGAGCCGUGUCUGCUUCUCAGAGCCCUACCCCUUCCCAGAAGAGAAGUGCUGGAGGCCAGGAGGUGGCAGCGACACUUCUCACGGCAGGGUUCCAGACGCUGGAGAGGAUAGAAGACAUGGCUGUGUCCCUAAUCCGAGAGGAGUGGCUCCUUGACCCAUCGCAGAAAGGUCUGAGUAGAGACAGCCGGCCCGAGAACCACAGCAGUGUGUUCUCCCUGGGUGGUGAGUCCAGGAAUGAGAACAGGGAAAUAGCUUCGAAACAGGUAAUAUCUGCUGGAAUGCAAGCACAAGGAGAGACGGCUGCCCAGUGCAACGGGGAUGUUCUCGGGGGUCUCGAGCGUGGAGAAGCCCGAGACUUGGGCAGAUUAGAGAGGCAGCGGGGAAAUCCCACCCAAGAGAGACGACAUAAAUGUGAUGAAUGUGGGAAGAGCUUUGCUCAGAGCUCAGGCCUUGUUCGCCACUGGAGGAUCCAUACUGGGGAGAAACCCUAUCAGUGUAACGUGUGCAGUAAAGCCUUCAGUUACAGGUCAGCCCUUCUCUCCCAUCAGGAUAUCCACAACAAAGUAAAACGCUAUCACUGUAAGGAGUGUGGGAAAGCCUUCAGUCAAAACACAGGCCUGAUCUUGCACCAGAGAAUCCACACUGGGGAGAAGCCAUAUCAAUGCAAUCAGUGUGGGAAGGCUUUCAGUCAGAGUGCGGGCCUGAUUCUGCACCAGAGAAUCCACAGUGGGGAGAGACCCUAUGAAUGCAAUGAGUGUGGGAAGGCUUUCAGUCAUAGCUCACAUCUCAUUGGACAUCAGAGAAUCCACACUGGGGAGAAGCCCUAUGAGUGUGACGAGUGUGGGAAAACCUUCAGGCGGAGCUCACAUCUUAUUGGUCAUCAGAGAAGCCACACAGGGGAGAAACCCUACAAGUGCAAUGAGUGUGGGAGGGCCUUCAGUCAGAAGUCAGGCCUUAUUGAACACCAGAGAAUCCAUACUGGAGAAAGACCCUACAAAUGUAAAGAAUGUGGGAAAGCUUUCAAUGGAAACACUGGCCUCAUUCAGCAUCUGAGAAUUCACACAGGGGAGAAGCCCUAUCAAUGCAAUGAGUGUGGGAAAGCCUUUAUUCAGAGGUCAAGUCUCAUUCGCCAUCAGAGAAUCCACAGUGGAGAAAAAUCUGAGUCCAUAGGAGUUUAGGGGAGACUUUGGUCCUAAUUUGGGCAUUAUCUACAGCAGAGAAACCCAGGCUGGCGAGGGGUCUUUCCAUGUAGUAAAAAGGCGGGAGACUCAUUGUGCCCUUGUGCAUUGUCAGAAUUGGCGGUGGCAGAGUCAGAGUAGCUCUUCAGCAGUUGGGGCCCGGGCCUUGACGCGGGUCGGUGAGCUUGUCUUGGGAGAUGUCUCAAGGAGUGGUGCGUCCCUGUGGCCUGCGGCUUCCUUCAGAAACUUCACACAGCAUCAGAGCAGUGCUGGUUGUGGCGCGAGCCACUAAACUUUGUCUUUUGGGUGAGUAGCUGUAGUGUGGCAAGCUACGUCUAGUUCCUCUGCCUCUCCCCGUCUCCUCGAGCCCUCCUCCCACUGUCCUGGAGGCGCAUUCGUGCUCCUCAGCACCCAGGGAGCGGCUUUAGAGUUGGAAACAGCCUCUGUGUGAGACUUAAUUUGUAUUUAGCUUUCUAAGAUCCUCGUUCUAGGGAGUUUUUAUGACACUUCCCAUAUUUGUGCUCAAGUGUGCAUCUUAAUCUACUGUCCGCGUAGUCGGGGCACAUCCAAAUUCCCAUGCAAACUCAGAGUGCCGUAUUCUUAGAGCGAUUCUUCCUCUGUCACCUCACUGACUCACUGAGUGGUUGAGCAUCCAUAGGUGUCCUUCACACGCCAGCCCAGUACCUGUGUCCGCAAAGGAAGUGGAUGGCUGUGGGAAGGAUGCAGAGCAAGGUGAGUGGAGACCCUGCCGGGCCGCCGUCGAGCUUGGGUGGCGAGGCCUUUCGGUGACUUCUGGCUCUCCUUUCCACCCUCCCACUGUUCUCUGUGGCACAAGUUAGGUGUUUACACUACCCUGAUACAGCAUCACACGGGAGAAGAGAGGAGACAGGUGGCUUGGAGAGGACACAAAAAUCCUUACAAAUUUGUCCACUUCCCCUUUCUGACCUGUUUUGGUACCUCCUGCUCCCACCCCACCCCCAGCUUCCUCCAUGCUGCACACACCCCCUGCCUACAGGGCCUGUUAGUCUUAAUACCCUGGGCCCCCCUUCUCAGGUGGUCUCAGCACCUUGUCAUUCUCCAGCUGUUUCUGGCAGUUAGCUUGUGUGGCUUUUAAUCCACAGGGAUGAUCUGUUGACUCCUUCACAGUCUGUAUUCUCCUGAAUUUUGCUGCCUUCCAGCGAUCCAGCGAAGACACCACAUUAAACUUAGCGUCACCAGGCAUUGCGCCUCAGUUUUGAGGUGUGCAGUAUACUGAGCUAGUGUUUGCAGCAAUGAGUCUCGUUUAAAGUCACACACACAACCGGGGAAGCCACAGGUGGACUGUCUGUCCAGGGAGCUGGUCGCUAGUACGCCUGUGGGCUGCCUUCCUCCCAGGAGUCGGACACCUCCAGAACUGCCAUUCGAUACGCCCUGCAGGGAAAAUUCCUACGCCAGAGGCACAUCUCAGUUUCAGCCAUCUGGCUUACCACACUUGGAUUUGGUUAACUAUUGACACUUUCCGAAGUCAUUUUCUAAAUUGGGGUCAGGUCUAUUCAUUCUACCCAGAUAAAUGUUCUAGUGAGAAGCCCAAGGGAAGUCGCACAGUUUUACACUGACUAUCCCGAAAAGAGAUACCGCUCACUCUUCGUCAUCAUUUUACGGUGGUUUUAUGAAGUUGGGGGUGGGGGGGGUCUUACUUCUUACAGGUCCAUCCUUGCUGCCACAUCCCUUCUCUUCCCUUGGCCCACCUAGACCUUUAACACCACCACGGAAAUCUGAGUGUCCAUUGAGCCGUUGGUACUCACCUGCCAUUUGGCAUCCUGGUUUCCUGGGUUAACUUGUUAAAUACUCUCUUCAUUAGCCUUUACUUUGUCCUUACUCCCCGCCCUUCACCUUCUCUGUCCUUUUUCCUUUCCUAAAGGUAUUUUCCCUAAUUACUUGGACUUGAAACUUCCAGAAACAAGUAAAUGUGGUUGUCUCUGGGUUCUUGUUCUAGAUCCUUGCUCUCUGCUUCAGGCGCCUUACCCUCUGAGAGAUGCUGAUUCUCCUGAGGCAUGCUCUGUUGUACAGACAAGACAUAGGAUGGUACUCUGUCAGGGAUGGACAUGCACACACGUUCCUCUCACAGUUCGCAGGAACUCUCUAUCCCGGUGAAGGCUCUUUGAGCAGAGGCUACUUGUUGAAGUGACUGUAGGAGAGUCAGCUAACAGGAGCUAGAAAAUGUGUAGCCAUGUGACUCAGAAUUACCAAACGUCUGGCAGAAAUUUAAAAUACAUAUAUAUGUGACCUAAAAAAAAAUAUGCAUAUACACAGCUAUUUAAAAAAAGUUCUGCCAUUUGCAGCAGUAUGUAAGGGCCUAGAGAGUAUCAUGCUUAGUGAAAUAAGUCAGAUGGAGAAAGGCAAACAUCCUGUGACUUCAUUCCUCUGGUGUGUAGAGAAGUCAAAAGAAUAACCUGAGUAAAGCAAGCUUUAAAAAUAAAAUACGACCAGAAAGAUGAUAGUGUUAUAGUGGGAUGGAGGUGAGAAAAGACCGACCUGCAAGGGCUGUCGGGCCUGACCGAGCACAAUUGCACAAGUAGCUCUGUACCAGAGGCAGAAAAGGCUCGUUCUCUGGUGGAGGCCAUUGCUGGCCUCCAGUUGUCUCCGCAUGGAAUGUUUGUGAUCAUCUGUGACCUUGUGUUUCACCGCUCUGCGUGACAUGCUCCUUUAUCCUGCAGAUUCUCUUUUUAUCUGAAACCAUCUGUUCAUAAAUACUUUGAACAGUUAUAAAGCGGGUCUUUGUUGCCAUCCAACAAACGUUGAAGCAGCCCCUCAGGUGUCCACGGUUUUCUCCACGGAGGAUGGGGUGCCUGCUUCCUACACAGAGCAGUUCUGAGAUUGUGGCAGACAGUGGCACUUACCGAGCACUCGCUGUGUGCCAGGCGCAUGUUGUAGGUGACGUCACGUCCCCUCCCUUUGAGACGAGCAGACUCGAUGUCAAGACUUGACUGAGUAGCCCACGAGCACGGAGCUGUUAACCGAGCAGGAUUCUAAAGCCACCAGCUGAUUCUCGAGCUGGCGCUCCUGACCACUGUACCGCCUGCAUCUGCUGCACAGCUGUGGCCAGCUGUCCACACGUGGACCGCUGCUCGUAAGAGGCGGUGGGCACGGCCGUGUGAUUGGCUUGGAGGGCCUGUUCAGCUGUGGAAAAUGACAGCAGGGAAAGUGCCGUUUUGGUUGAUAAUUAGAUCAUCUUUAAGUGUUAAUAGUGUAAUGCUGGAUAGACUGAAAGGUAAGCUGUGUGAGUGUGUUUCUAAAAGAGCAGCUGGGGGAAUAAAAAUAAAGUAUAACUUGGAGCUGCAGCUGUCCCAGGGGAAGUAAGAUCGUAGAGGGGAAUUUCAGACAGGUGGACAGUUAGGGGUACAAGCGAGUCCACCUGCAGCGUCAGUGUGAACAUCCUUCAGCCUUCCGCCCGGUUCCAGCCACUGUCAGUUUCCUCCAUCUGCGGCUUUCCGGGCAGGUCGUCCAUUGUUCAGCUGCGUCUGGCUCAUCCACUCAGCUCCUCUGCGCUGGCUUUUGUACAUGGUUCGACAGAGAGAUGUCCGCAGUCACCAGUGGAGAAGCGUUAAGGCCUUUUCUUAGUUCUGGUCCUCUUCGAUCUCUGUUUCAUACUGUUGAAUUUCCCCUGCAUCUCAGGAAUUUCUUCCUCUUUGGCUUGUGAAGCCACAAGGUCUUUUGGAUAUUGUUUCUUCAAAGCCAUGUCUGGCUUUUCUUUACUGAUCUUUAACUUUUUUCCUUAUUGACCCUUUUUCCCCUUCUCACCCCUGAGAAUAAUCCCCAGGUGUUUACUCACCAAUUUUUUUUUCUGUAUUAACUCCUCCUCAUCCAUUUUUGAUGAUUUACUCUGAAGCUUCUGAAUUUUAUUUAGUAGUAGUGACUUAAUUUUCCUGUCCCCUGAGUCCUUUCUCAGUGGCUGGGCUUUUUCACAGGCACAACUUGAUACUGGGGAUCAGACUCAUCACUCUUCUGCCUCACCCGCCUUUUCCCUUUUAACUGAACUUCCUGUCCCUUCAACAGACUGACCGUCCUUCACUUUUCUAAUCGCAAUCGUGGAGUUAUCUUUUAGUUCUGUUCUGCCCUCCACCCUACUGGUCCAGAGUCUUGCUCAGUUGCCUCAUUUCGUCGUCUCCUCUUGGAAGCUGGGGCCUCCUCCGCCCCUCUGUGCAGCUCUGCAUCCAAGGCCGGUUACUGGAAUUCGUUCAGCUCCCUGUUCUCGGAUCCUCAUCUUGUAUGCUUCCCGCAGGGCCUCCUCACGUCCACAUGCAUCACGUUCACUCGGGCACACCCCGCAGAUAAGAGGCCAGGGUGCGCUUCCUGGGUUCUGCGUUACCUGCCGUCCAUGCUGGCCCGCCUCGGCCUCCUUCCUCCAGCUUCUGCGCCUUCGUGUCGCCUUCAGACUCCUGCGGCCUUUCACGGCUGUCUGAGAGCCCUUGCCUCUGUGCCUUCUCCUUCUGCUUCCCCUGCUCUUUGACCCCAGCCCGUGUUCAAAGACUGGUUUCCUGUGUAUCUUCUGAGUGAGCUCUCCCUGACUCACUUCACCUCAUACUGAGACCUCCCUUUUUGUGUGUGGCCUCAUCACUUUGGGUUUGUACUGUGGUCCACACAAUCACUAAUAGGUUGCUUUGUAAUUAUUUUCUAGCUCUGUAUUGUAGUUUCACAUUUGUAUUUAUUUCCAAAAUUAAAUUGUAAGCUCCUUGAGGGCAGGAAUAUUAACUUUUACAUUUGUAUUUCUGCACCCCCCUCAGUGCCUAGUUCAGUGCUGAGCACACAGUAGGCGUUUAAUAAAUGCUUGUUGAAUUAUUGUGUGGAUUAUUUAUGGUGUUCCAGAAAAACUUAAGCUGUUAUCAAGGAUGUAUUUCUUUUUACCACUGGUGCACAGACAGAUUUCCCAAGUUUGUUAGUAACUGCCUAUACACCUAAGAUUAAGACCCUACAAAAUACCACUUCAGGAGCCCGUGUCUGAAAGUUGAGAUAUGAGGCUCUCUUUGGACACUUACUUUUUGGUUAAGAAAUAAAUACAAGACUAAAGAUUACUGUGUUAAAGUUACUACAAAAAAAAGUAAUCGAGAACAGGCUUCUG